AUGGUGUAUGGAUUGGGAUCUAAUAGUGAGGGUCAGCUCGGGUUAGGACACAACACACCCAUUCAUACACCAAAGCGAGUGCCAGAAUUAUGCCAUAAAAAUAUUCAUCAGUUUUUCAAUGGAUAUAACUUUGUAUUGGCUGUCAAUACGGAUAAUAAUGUGAUAUUCAGUUUCGGUCUCAAUGAUGAGGGACAAUUGGGACGGGAUCUGGAUAUGGAUGUGAAUGUAUACCAUAAACCGGAAACUAAUGUGAUAUUCAGUUUCGGUCACAAUUAUUGGGGACAAUUGGGACGGCAUGUAUUCGGGUGGGGAUAUAAUGAAGAGGGACAGGUUGGUUGUGGCGAUAUAAGGAUUCAAUUAGAUCCAACUCCUGUUGAAUUUACCCCUGAAUAUCAAAUUAGUAAAAUAGAGUGCAAUUGGUAUACAUCACUUGCUCUUACUUGUGAGGGUCAGAUGUUUAUAUGGGGAAAGUCAUUUGAUGUAAUAACUAAGCUUGGUGAGGGUGGUUACGGACAGCAUAUCAUUCAUAGAGACCUCAAACCGGAUAAUGUGUUGAUUUCAAUGGAAGAGGAGAUAAAGUUAUGUGACUUUGGUUUGGCUAAAGAGGUCCAAAAUUGUGAUCCAUUUCUUAUGUCUAAAGCCAAACAUACUGCAGAUGUGGGAACUGAUGCCUAUAUGGCACCAGAAGCCAUGACUAAUGAAUACAACCAUUUGAUAGAUAUCUACAGUCUAUCCCUAAUUGGGGCUCAAAUUUUUGGUUUCGAUACAAACGAUAUAAUUAACGGAAAUCCACAAAUGAGUAGAACCGCACUCACUAUGUUCCCUGUUAAGUAA